AUAUAUGUGUAUAUAAUUUCUCGUAUAUAUAUAUGAUUAUGUGUAGAGCUCGGUUAUGGCUCUGGAGUCGAGCUAUUGUAUCCAUCCAUUAAAGAUGGAGAAAUCUGGGUACGGUAGGGAUGGCAUCUUCAGGUCUCUCAGACCACCUCUGGUGCUCCCCAGUGAUCCCAACCUCUCCAUGGUCUCAUUCCUCUUCCGAAACUCUUCUUCUUAUCCGAACAAACCGGCUCUCAUCGACGCCGAUUCCUCCCAGACCAUGUCCUUCUCUCAGUUUAAAUCAACGGUCAUAAAAGUCUCCCACGGCUUGCUCCGCCUAGGCAUCAAGAAGAGCGACGUUGUCCUCAUCUUUGCCCCGAAUUCAAUCCAGUUUCCUGUCUGCUUCUUCGGGGUUGUCGCAAUCGGCGCCGUCGCCAGCACCGUCAACCCCGUCUACACGGUCAACGAGCUCGCCAAGCAAAUCAAAGACUCUGAACCUAGGUUGAUUAUAACCGUACCCGAAUUAUGGGACAGAGUCAAAGAUUUUAACCUCCCGGCCGUUUUUUUGGGGCCCGAUCAUUCUUCUCCUUCGUCAAACGUCAUCCAUUUCGACGACUUGGUUUUAGCUGGGUCCGGGAGCGGAUCCGAUUUCCCGCUCAAUGAUGUGAAGCAGAACGACACGGCGGCGCUGCUAUACUCCUCCGGCACGACAGGCACGAGCAAGGGGGUGAUUCUGAGUCACCGGAAUUUCAUUGCAGCAUCUCUGAUGGUGACAAUGGACCAGGAGCUUGCUGGGGAGAAGCACAACGUGUUACUCUGCGUGCUGCCGAUGUUCCACAUCUUCGGGCUGUCGGCGAUAUUGUACUCACAGCUGCAGAUAGGGAAUGCAGUGGUGUCCAUGGGGAGGUUCGAGCUAGAGAAGUUUCUGAGUACGGUGGAGAGGUACAGGGUGAGCCAUCUGUGGGUGGUGCCGCCGGUGAUACUUGCGCUGGCGAAGCAUAGUGCGACCAACAAGUAUGAUCUCUCAUCCUUGAAGCAUAUCGGGUCUGGCGCCGCGCCAUUGGGGAAGGAUAUAAUGGAAGAGUUUGCCAGGAAGUUUCCACAUGCGGUGAUCUUUCAGGGGUAUGGGAUGACAGAAACUUGUUCAGUUAUUUCUGUUGAGAAUCCAAGAGUAGGCAUUCGACAUACUGGUUCAGCCGGAAAGCUUGUUUCCGGAGUUGAAUCCCAAAUAGUCAGCGUAGAUACACUGAGGCCUCUCCCUCCCAAUCAGUUGGGGGAGAUAUGGGUUCGGGGGCAGAAUAUGAUGCAAGGUUAUUACAACAAUCCACAGGCCACCAAACUGACCAUUGAUAAUAAGGGUUGGGUACACACAGGAGAUCUUGGAUAUUUUGAUGGAGAUGGGCACCUUUAUGUUGUUGACCGAAUUAAAGAGCUCAUCAAGUACAAAGGUUUUCAGAUUGCACCAGCAGAACUCGAAGGGUUGCUUAUUUCUCAUCCUGAGAUAUUAGAUGCUGUGGUCAUCCCAUAUCCUGAUGCUGAAGCUGGUGAAGUCCCAAUUGCAUAUGUUGUUCGUUCCCCAAGCAAUUCACUUACCGAAGAAGAUAUUAUAAAAUUUAUUACUAAUCAGGUUGCACCUUUCAAAAGAUUACGGAGAGUGACAUUCAUAAACAACGUUCCUAAGUCUGCUGCUGGAAAGAUCCUCAGAAGAGAGCUCAUUGAGAAAUUACGGUCAAAGGUGUGAAACUAAGCGAUUAUAUGUAGCCGAUUCAAUGUUUGCUGUAAUGAAGAAGAUAGUCUACCAGGAGGGGCAGAGUCAAGAUAUUGUAGCCAUUAUUUUCUCUUAACACUUAGAACAUGUUCGUCACUAUCCUUUUUUUUGUCACAAGCUGAAGCAUCUAAAAGGUGUUGUUUAGUACUUUGGUUAUAUCUUACAACCAUACCAAGAUAUCUGUGCAUAUGCAUAUUUGUUAUUUGGAAGUUCAACAAAAUGAUGAACAAAGAAUUGUAUGUAUGAAUUUCAAAAUUGGAUUGCAUAGGAUUGUAAGCCGAAUAAAGAUAUAUAUUGAAAUCCAAACUAGAUUGCUAGUUUUCUUCAA